GGGGGGGUGGCGGGAUGACAACAAAUAUGGCGGAGAGGAGCAGGACGGCAGAGACGGGCAGUGCCAUCAGAAGUGAUGAUAUCAUAGCAGGGAACGUGAGCAAGUACAUUGUUCUCCCAGCUGGUUACUGUGGACAGCCUAAAAAAGGACAUCUUAUAUUUGAUGCCUGUUUUGAGAGUGGGAACCUUGGCCGGGUUGACCACGUCACAGAGUUUGAGUAUGACCUCUUCAUUAGGCCAGACACCUGCAACCCACGCUUCCGAGUCUGGUUCAACUUCACCGUGGAAAACGUGAAGGAAUCACAGAGAGUAAUUUUCAAUGUUGUCAACUUCAGCAAAACAAAAAGCCUCUACAGAGAUGGGAUGGCUCCCAUGGUGAAAUCCACAAGCCGACCAAAAUGGCAGAGAAUCCCCUCCAAAAACGUGUACUACUACCGCUGCCCAGACCACAGGAAGAACUAUGUCAUGUCCUUUGCUUUUUGCUUCGACAGAGAGGAGGACACCUACCAGUUUGCCUACUGCUACCCCUACACCUACACCCGCCUCCAGCACUACCUGGACAACCUGCAGAGGAGGAACAUGGACUGCUUCUGCAGGGAGCUGCUGGGGCUCAGCGUGCAGAAACGGCGGCUUGACCUGCUGACAAUAACCAGCCCCGCAAACCUACGUCCCGGGGCUGAACAGAAAGUGGUGUUCAUCACUGCAAGGGUCCAUCCUGGGGAAACACCCUCCUCCUUCGUCUGCCAGGGUAUAAUUGAUUUCCUCGUGAGCCAUCAUCCAAUUGCAAAAGUACUGAGAGACCACCUGGUCUUCAAGAUUGCUCCCAUGCUCAAUCCUGAUGGAGUUUACCUAGGAAAUUACAGGUGCUCGCUGAUGGGCUUUGAUCUGAACCGGCACUGGGCAAACCCCUCCCCGUGGGCUCACCCCACCCUGCACGGAGUGAAGGAGCUCAUCAUCGACAUGUACAACAACCCGAAGAUUAACCUGGAGUUCUAUAUUGACAUCCAUGCCCACUCCACCAUGAUGAAUGGCUUCAUGUAUGGGAACAUCUUUGAAGAUGAGGAAAGAUUUCAGCGACAGGCUGUUUUUCCCAAGCUGCUCUGUCAGAAUGCUGAAGACUUCUCUUAUUCCAGCACAUCGUUCAACAGGGAUGCUGUGAAGGCGGGGACGGGCCGGCGCUUCCUCGGCGGGCUCCUCAACCACACGUCCUACUGCUACACCCUGGAGGUCUCCUUCUACAGCUACCUCCUGGCUGGAGCUGCUGCUGCUGUGCCCUACACCGAGGAAGCCUAUAUGAAGCUUGGAAGAAAUGUUGCCAGGACAUUCUUGGAUUACUACAGGCUGAACUCCUUGGUGGAAGGACCACUAGCACCUACUCCUAAAACUCGGAAGGACAACGUGCCACCCUACAAAUGCCCUGCCCAGCGGGGCCCGGGGAACAGCCACGCUGCAGGAACACCCGACAGGAGGAGCCAGGCACAUGCCAAGGAGCCGUCUGUCUGCAAAGAAUGAGAGAGGAGAGGAGAGGAGAGGAGAGGAGAGGAGAGGAGAGGAGAGGAGAGGAGAGGAGAGGAGAGGAGAGGAGAGGAGAGGAGAGGAGAGGAGAGGAGAGGAGAGGAGAGGAGAGGAGAGGAGAGGAGAGGAGAGGAGAGGAGAGGAGAGGAGAGGAGAGGAGAGGAGAGGAGAGGAGAGGAGAGGAGAGCUGUAGGGCAAGGCGGAGGAACAUGUCGCAGUCAGGAAUCGAUGAUGUUUCUCUUUUUUUUUUUCCCCAGACAAAUAUUUCUAAGAUAACAAAUAGUCCAGGGAGCUAAGAAGGAGAGGGAAAUCAGCUAGAAAUUUUACUAUUGAUUCUUUUUUAUUUAUAGAUGGUGAAUCAAUUUCAGGGCUUUUUUUUUUUUUCCUAUCUGUGGGGGGAAAAGAAGAGUGAACUGAUAGAUUUGCAGAAAUCAUUUGCAGUGGCUGAAAAAGCUAUUUGUUAAAAUGAGAAAGCCUCUCCCUUCCUCCACCAGUCCCCCUCUCUCUCUUUAAAGGGGCAAUCCAUACAAUGAGCUAACGAGGGAGUCCUGGCUCCUGUACUGCACCAUGUGAUGUCUCCCCUUUUAGUGUCAGGCUCAGAAGCCUUUAUGCCUACUGCAUGUGCUAGUCCUGUUAGCUUGCAUUAAGAGAGCCUGAUAAAUAGCUUCUGGGAGCCAGGCAGGUGCUCCUCAGAGUGCAGUUUAUCACCCACUGCAUGGCUGGGUUUUUUGCUCUUCUGUCAGAUCAUUCAAGGAGAGGGGUCAUAUGAGAAAUGGGGCUGAAGGGCUGCAAGCAUGAAACUUGCUGCAAGACCUGUCCAACAGGCAGGGACAGUGGUCCUCCAUCAAAAACUCUUUGGGGUCUAGAAAGACCAGACUUGGUGUGUGACUGAGGCACUGUGAGAGAGGAGUGGUGCUGAAAGGGGUGAACAAAGAGUUGUGUAAGAAACCCCAAGUAAAACCUCAGCACCUCCCCAUUACAUGGACAGCAUGUGAAAUCUCUGCUCAAAGCCACUGUCACUAGGCAGUCUUGUCUGCUGACCUUGAUUCUCACACUGGGGACAAAAAGAGAGUGACCCAGCAUGGAGUCUGCAUGUGUCCCAGGGGAUGGAAAGGGAGAAUGUGCUUAGAAGUGCUCCUUAACCCAUCAGAAGCCUUGGGAAGCAGCUUCUCUUCAGUCUCCUGCCAGCAGAUGGGCUGGAAUGGUGGCUUGAGAGAGAGAAGGUGCCAAGACCCAGUAAGAAAGAGGGGAAAAGGAUGAGUGAAACACGACUGAAUGAGCUCCUUUUGGUGUGGGGUGGCCCUGAAGAAGUACUAACCCCAGACACUGCUCUCUAGUAAAGGAAAUGUGUUGGCUGUCCCUCUCCUCUUUCCCAGGACAGGAACGCCACGAUCUAGGAACAGAGUCAAGCUGAGCUGGGUCCCACAUUCCAGUGGACCUUGUGGGAGCCACUGGCACAUGGCUUUCAUCCAGUUUGUAUUACUGCAGCCAGAAAGAGUGAGCAGGUAUGAGUGAGGACAAAAGUUUGGCUCUGCAUGCCUCUGAAGAAGGACAAGGCACUCAGAAUCUGCCAAAACUUGAGCUGAAUGCACCUGUGCAUUAGUCACCAAUUAGCUGGGCUUUCCUUAGUUGCUUUCUGACAAGCAAGAAGGGGGUAUCCCACUGGAAGGAAAAUUAUUUAAAACACCAAGGAAACCUGUUACCAUCAAUAUUUCAAGGUGAGAGGGUUAAACUGUGUACAUUUUUGGGGUGAAUCAAAUGCCUUCAUAUGAUGAAUUCCAAGGCAUCCAAAAGGCACAGUGCUGGCUCUCUGUCUCCAAAAGCAGAGUAAUGAAUAGCAGUGACAGUGUGAUAAUUAAAAUGACCUCUUGGAGAUAUGGAUUACAAGGUACGUAGAGGGGGGAUAAGUUCUCCUUUGAAUUAAUCUAGUGCUAAUUUAUGACUAUCAUUGAGUUUUAUAGGGUUUUAGUGGAAGACUUUCAAAGUUGGUUUACUGUAGUAAAAAUGUUCUUUCCUAUGUUCAUUGCAAAAACACUUGCAGAAUUCUUUGUUAUUUAUUUUUGGAUGUUUCUAUAUAUAUAUAUAUAAUGAGAGAGAUUCAAUGUUUGCUUAGCUGCUAAAAAGCCUACUCUAGAAAUAUGAAUAAAGUGAU